UGGGACGCCAUUUUUCUCCUGUACUCGCUGGCAACUGGCAACACAAUCUCACGGGUUUGGUACUGCUCAGACCAUCAUGGAACUCCUGCGUCUCUUAACAGUGUUUUUUAUUGGCGGAUGUCACGUGGUGCUAUCCCUUGACGAGUUUGGGGAUCCCUGUAAUAUACUAACGUGGAGGUAAGCAGUGAGUUUCAUAGAGAGUGUUAUUUUUGUUCAGUUUCGUCUCAUUUCUUUACUAUUGAGUCCACAUUUUGAAACAAUAGAAUAUUUCCUCUAACCUUUUAGUUACACGUAGAGUUAAGAUAGGCUUACAUUAUAUUAUGCAUUGAAAUAUUCCAUCAAAAUAUAGAUUUGCUAAUGUGAAAUCUCAUUAUAAGUUUUUUGCGAAGAGAAUUACGUAAAGAAUUUAGCAUCGAGGAGAAAUAAUCAAGGUGUUCAGGAAAAAAAAAUAAGAAACCAAUUAUCUCUCUUAUUGAAGCAGAAAGUUCAUCCUAUGGUGUGUACCUAAUUAGCAGGGGCGUAGGUAGGGGCAGGUUGCCCCGGGUGGCCCUUUUUCCGUAUAAAGAGUGGUGACAUUUUAAACAAGCUGAAAAAAAAAAUUUCGUAGAGGGGGCGGGGGGUCGUCAAAAAUGUUGGUCCGCCUCUGUCGACCCUAACUCUAGCUGCGCCACUGCUUCUAGGUUGAAGUCUUGAAAAUCGUUGUCAUUGGAGUAGCUAUUGCUGAACAUAGUUAUCAUUGGAGUAGCUAUUGUUGAACCUAGUUACCAUUGGAGUAGCUAUUGUUGAACCUAGUUAACAUUGGAGUAGCUAUUGUUGAGCCUAGUUAACAUUGGAGUAGCUAUUGUUGAGCCUAGUUAACAUUGGAGUAGCUAUUGUUGAGCCUAGUUACCAUUGGAGUAGCUAUUGUUGAGCCUAGUUACCAUUGGAGUAGCUAUUGUUGAACCUAGUUACCAUUUGAGUAGCUAUUGUUGAACCUAGUUACCAUUGGAGUAGCUAUUGUUGAACCUAGUUAACAUUGGAGUAGCUAUUGUUGAGCCUAGUUAACAUUGGAGUAGCUAUUGUUGAGCCUAGUUAACAUUGGAGUAGCUAUUGUUGAGCCUAGUUACCAUUUAAGUAGCUUUUGUUGAGCCUAGUUACCAUUGGAGUAGCUAUAGUUGAGCCUAGUUACCAUUGGAGUAGCUAUUGUUGAACCUAGUUACCAUUGGAGUAGAUAUUGUUGAGCCUAGUUACCAUUGGAGUAGCUAUAGUUGAGCCUAGUUACCAUUGGAGUAGCUAUUUUUGAGCCUAGUUACCAUUGGAGUAGCUAUUGUUGAGCCUAGUUACCAUUGGAGUAGCUAUUGUUGAGCCUGGUUUCAGUAGACAUACUGACGCCUUAAAAAUAAAAGUUCAAAAGGAAAGAUGUUGUUCUGGUCAUCUCCAGCAACCUGUCAGGAGAUACCGACCAGGUCGUUAACGUCACCGUGCCCAAGAACUGCCUGUCUGGUGAAAUUGACUGGAACUACCCCAAGGUAUGAGCCGACUGUUACACUUUAAGCCCCAUUUAGGUACAAUUUAAAAGCCAUGCCCCUUUCCCCACGUCAUUCCUUUCCUCACUCCUACUCUCCUAUACUGUCCGACUAAUCCACUCGAGUUGAAUUUUUUGCGUAUGUAGCGUAUGGAUCCCAUGUCCCUUGGGUUUUUUUUUUCUUAACCCUAUCGAGAUAAACAAAACCCUUAUCAAAUUGAGUCACGUGACCUAUCAAAUGCCAGACACGAUUGUAAUGAGCUGUUUCCAUAAUUUAAUUUUUUUUAAAGAAUAAAAACAAAAAAAGAAAUUACUGCACGUAAAUUAAAUCUGCACCUCUCAAAGAAAAAGUAAAACUAGUUUUCCACCCCCCACCAACCCAAACAAAAAAAAACAACAAAAAAAAAACACAACAAAAAUAACUGACAGCAAUGAAAUACAAUUAUAAUCAAAGCUUGCCGAAUAUAAAUCCGUUGUAAUGUUAAGUUUUAGACACAAAUUAAACACCCCCCCCCAAACCAAAAAAUAAACAAAAAACAAAAAAAGUUUUAUCGUAUCAAUCCUUUAUAGGCAUUUAGUUUACGGGAUUUAUCAUUUAUGUGAUUGUAGCUAAAUGAUUUUUGGUAUAGGUAUGUUUUUUUAAUAAAAGUUAAUGCAUGUAAAACCUAAUAGACUAAAGACACAUUUAAACCCAAAUACAUCACAAAUACAAAGCACGUAGCAAAAGCUGCACAAUUAAUCUCCACACCAGAACAAGCAGCCAUGAACAGAUCAUAUUUCAUUCAACGUCACCUGGAAAACCACGAACAACUAAUUUUUGGGGUUGUGGGUGGGGGUGGGGAUUAAAAAUUUGACAUAAAGUGUUGUCACUGGCAACGACUCGAUGUGCCAAUUUUCAGUUCGAUAGGAUGACGGAAAGUGGGUCAGUUGUGCUAUAAACACACGAACAAAAGCGAAGUUGAUAUAAAUAAUAUCAAAUAUAUUGACAUGUUCCGUUGCUUCUUGCACGCAAUCAACCAACGCCUAUAGAAAAAUGGUCAAGCAUACAUUUGAGAUUAAGAUAUUACAUGUGACGUAAUAUUAUGUCAUUAUUAAUGACGUAAUAUAUGUGAUAAACGGCAUUAUGAUGGCACUACAUAUCGUCUGCAAGCUCCCGCGUGUCAUUCGCGCCAUUUUGAUACAUUUCUUCAAACGCAGGGCUCCCUUCUCCUGAAACAAACAGCCAUUGGCGGAAGCUUUUCCCUCUGCGUCGAGAGCAGCUGGUCCACGAACUUGUCUGGUGUCAAGGACGUCACCGGGGGCGCCAACAAGAUACUGCCCUUACCGACUGAAGGUAUCUUAUUUACGUAUUUGUUAAUAAUUCAUGCCAGUGACAGGGAGGAAUCCACGGUGUGUUCACACACAGCUGUCAUGCAGCUUAAGGUGUCAACGGCUGUCAUUCAGCUUAAGCUGUCAACGGCUGGUUCAGCUAAUAUCUUUAAUUAACUUGACGGACUGCCCGAUCCAACUUGACCGGGUAUCAGUGCAAAAAACAUGCGGGUUUAAAGUUUGGUACUUUGCUAGCAUGUCCUGACCCUGCUGUACAGCGAUGAUUUCAGUUUGAUUUUAUUGGUUGUCUCUAUUGGUCAAAAAAUUGAAAGCACUGAGUUACAAGUGGUCUCCAUAACAAGCUGAGUUACAAGUGGUCUCCAUAACAAGCUGAGUUACAAGUGGUCUACAUAACAAGCUGAGUUACAAGUGGUAUCCAUAAUAAGCUGAGUUACAAGUGGUCUACAUAACAAAACAAAAUAAAGCUAAAAUGUGGCUGAGGUAUUUCGGAUAUUCAACAUUAAAUAACCAAUCCGACACACGUUGCAUACCUUUAAAACAUUUUACAAUCAAUCGAACAUGCAUUGUAUACCUUUGCAAACUUGAAAAGAGAAAGCCAUGACGCUCGUGAAUCCCAUACUAAUUAUUGCUCGACGUCUGCUGUCAACUUAUGACAUAUGGCUAAUCCUUUGCGAACACAGUUGCAUUGUGGCCUUCUUGUCCAAUGUUUCCACAAAUGAAACUUCAAUUAGGGCCUAGGCAAAUGUAAAUAGUUGUGUGGAACACACACACACACAAAACUAAAGGAAUUGUAAUAUUUAUAUUAUUACUUUUGUUUAAUUAAUUUCUAUUUCAAAAGGAAACGUGGGAACCCAAGGUUUGUUCAAUUCAUUCCUAUGUGCCAUUCACUUUGACGGAUCAUUAUCAUGCUCGUAAAUGUUGUUAUAUACAAAGGGGAAAAGUAAUGUGGGAGAAAAAAAAUUCUAGGCAAUGGUAACAUUUUUAUUAUUAUUCGUGUUCUAAAUGUUAAAAUUAUUUUUUGAAAAAAUUAGGGAACCUUUGGCUUUUUUCAAUGCAUUCAUUUAUUGACAUUCAUCAUUAUCAUGCUGAUAAACAUUGUCAUUGAUUAUAUAAAAUGUUUAAAUAUUCCACAACAUUAGUCAUUUGUAUGGUCACAAAUGUAAAGAAAGACAAUAAUGAAACCUUUAAUUCAUGUUAACAUAAUAUUAUUAAUUACAAUUUUGUAAAAUUGACAUAAAACAGCGUUUCAUUUAAAUCAUAAGCCUACACAAAUGUGUGUAUAUGUCACUGUUCCGUAUAAUAAUUAUGUAGUAGGCCUACUGUAUUAUUAUCAUAAUCAACGUGUGCGCAACAUUCGUUAACUCUUGUUUAAUCUUGGUCAUAUUUGAAUUAGCCGAUAAGUGAUAACUAAAAAUUUAAACGUCGACCAAUGAAUGGGUCAGCGGAACAAGGCUAGUGUCUGGAUAUUUUAGUGAGCCAUACCAAUGAACAAUAAACAGGCUAAGCUCUCGAUCGAUACCAGAUAUGUCGAGGUAGCGCUGUAAUUAUAUUAUAAAAGCAAAGGACGCCCAAGGGUCUAUUUUGCAUGAAUUCCCCCCCCCCCACACACACACACUAAGUCCAAUAUUUUCUAUUUACAUACUACUUUAAAAUACAUUUUUGACAACUUUAACUUACUUUUUAUUUCAAAUGGUAUUCAUUAGAUGUGUAUUUAAUAAAACUCACGAUAAUUUCAUUUUUGAUUAAAGGAAUAUAAAUAUCGACACUUUCCUCCAUCAUUUGUCGACGAACGCAGAACGUAUGCGCGAACGAGUUUUGAAAUAUCUAGAUCUGUUGUUUUGGUUUCGGUUUAGACCGAAAGUCAUUUUAAGUCAGUUUUCAGCCAAAAUCAGAAAACCACAUUCGGUUUGUCUUUAAUCCCAACUCACACCUAACUGUGUUAAGAUGCACAGGGAGUUGCUAGAAAGUUGGUAAAAAUGCGUGUUACAAGGCCCCAUUACAUUCACACAUUGACAAUUUAAAACGUUUCAGGUAAGCCAUCUUGUACCUUGUCGUCUGAUGGUGUGGCAAAACUUAUCCUCACCGCCCCCACCUUGCAGCUGUACAUGACACUCGUUGGCUACCGUAUCACUCCCACCACCCAAUGACGACACAGCGACCCACUGGCUACCGCAUCACUCGUCUCCACCAGUGACGUCACAGACACCAAUCGGCUACUGAAUCACUCCCAACAACCAGUGACGUCACAGACAACCUCCAGCUACCGAAUCACUCCCAUCCAACAGUGAUGUCCGAGACACUAAUCUUUUAUCUCACCACACUUCUAUGAAGUUUCCUUCUAUUAAAAACUUGAACACCCAAUUCAUGCAUUCUGCCUUUGUUCUGCGUAACUGGCAAGCUAUUUCUUUUGAUUGCUCAGCGAAGGAGCUCAACAAUGUAUUGUUUCUUUUUAUUUAUAUUUUUUUCUUUUCUUUUGAUAAGUUUAGUAGCCCCAGUAAAAUAUAAAAAAAUUAAAGGCAUCUUUGUCAUCAG